GAGUAAAUACAAAGUAGUCUCGAUGGGACAGCGGCGUGCGUCACACCGAGAGUCGCUGAUCCGUGUGCGUUUUCAAAAUAAAUAAAUAAAAAACAAAAAAAAAAUUACAAUUACGCUCUCAUGCACACAUCGUGUGUGCCAAGUUUUCAAUUUUAAUUAUUUGUGUUCGUGUUUUUUUUUUGUGUUAUUGAAUGUGAAUUAAAAAAAUAAAUAAAAAAAAUACUAGAUGAACGUGAAAAUAGUGUGUGACAUUUGGAAAACAUGGAUAAAAUAGAACUACUGGGCGGUGCUUGCUUUAGCCAUGGUCCAUACACGUUUUAUAAAGCCGUGCGAAUAGAAAAUGGUCGUGUUCUUCGACUAGGAAGUUUUUUCUUGACGAAACUUUGGAGCGACGCCGAUCUCGUCAGCAUCGGUGAACUUCAAUUACUCUGGCUUGACAGCCGGGGGCCAAACACACCCCUUGCCUCAUUGCGGCUCUACUUCCUGCCGGAAAACACCCCUGAUGGACGAAGGGACACGCACGGAGAGGAUGAAGUGCUGACGAUAUCGGAGAAGGUUGUCGUUCGUGUUCACGACCUUGUGACUUGGUUGGCGCCGUCGUUAGAAUGGUCUUGGGGUAGGGAAGUGUCAUAUCCACCAACACCAUUGAGUUCACCCGAAAACACUCCAUCGAAUCACGAUGUUGGUCAACCUCAAGUUUUGACGGAUCCAGGCAUCGAUUUCUCGGAUGUUGAAAAACAACAACAGGAAUAUGAGAGUAAUCAAAAUCCAAUAGUAAAACAAUUUGAUGCCAGUUUACAAACAAAAGUCAUUGUUCUCUCAUAUCCGAGAUAUUGUCGAUAUCGAUCACUUCUUCGAAGGCUAGAAGGAUCGGAACCAUCCUGGUUAUGGACAUCGGUAGCGGCAGCGGUGGGCGGUUUUACGGCUCCGCCUGGUACAAGGAUCCUUUUUUGCAGAGAUACAUUCGAUUAUCCUGACCUUGAAACACACGAACUACUUUGCAAUCACUUAGCACCGAAAUUAAAAGGAAGGCCUCGAAGAAAACGAAAAAAGCGGAGUGUUUCACCAGGUGAAUCAAGCAAUGAAAGUGAAGCCUCGGUUGCUUCGUCUGUAGUUGCAUCGACGUCUAAAGUUUCUUCCUCAAACUCCUUGAUCAGUAGAUCAUCUUCCUCGGGAGUUCGUCGUAGCGAACGAAAAAUAAGUGUCGAAGAAAAAAAGUUUUUAUCGGACGUCGACAAAUUUAUGAAUUCACGAGGCACACCUGUAGGAAAAAUGCCUUUAUUGGGUUAUAGGCAAAUUGAUCUAUUCCUUUUUUAUACAAAAGUACAAACAUUGGGUGGUUAUGACUCUGUGAGUACUGGCCGUCUUUGGAAGUCCAUUUACGAUGAUAUUGGCGGUAACACUACGUCAACGAGCGCUGCAACAAUUACAAGAAGGCAUUACGAAAGAUUGUUGUUGCCAUACGAAAGAUAUCAAAGGGGUGAGGAGUCAAAAAUUAGGCCUGCUCAUGGAAGACGAACAAAAACAAGUAGUUCAUCAGAGGAGGCAAUCGAAGUGAAAGAUGAACCUGAGGAUUCUUAUUCACGAGAACCGUCACCUCCUAGUGGAAUACCAAAUUCUACAACCGUCACACCUUCUUUACAGUCGAUUUUAUCGACAUCGGCGCUUCUUCCUGGUGAGAAACCGCGAAUGGAAAGUGGAAAAACUUCAUCGUUACGAAGUGUGAGAGUGAAGCCUGAUCGCCUAAAAUCUCUUAAUACAAUAAUUGCAAAUACACCGUCUGCCAGCCAACUGCCAAGUCCACCACCUUCCUCGACUACGUCGUCGUCAACUCCAAAUAGUACGCCGUCGACGACGCCAACCGGUGGCAGUCAAAGUGUUUUAGAGAGGCAGCUCAAUAGUCCAUUAAUGUCGCAACAAGUGCCGCCACCAAGUUCACCACCAGGACUACCAAUUAGCAGCGCUGUUGUCACGUCGAAUGCAUCAACCGUUGUCACAUUAACACCACCGCCCGAAAAGGAUAUCAAGGAAAUUAAAUUGGAUCCAAAACAAACCACCCUGCUGGCUCAGGGCAAGGAAAAUAUUCCCCUCUUCGAUGAGAAACCUAUUUUCCACGAGAAGCCAAUAAUUGUUCCACCUCGAUCACCCGAAGUAAUUGAUCUUGAAAAUGAAAGCGAUUCAAGUAGGGAUAAAAUAAUAAUUCCCAGUUUCAAGAGGCAAAAACUUGAAAUAUUACGCGAAGGUGGCUUGGAAGUGACAGCAGUCGAUUCGCGACCCACCGUCAUUCAACCAAAUUCCACACCUUCACCGCCCAUCAAUCAAAUCAAGUCUGAAGAAAAACCCCUCGUUUCCUUAUCACAAGUCACGGCGCCAUCGAUACCGAAACUUAUCUCCGUCACCGUGACACCCGACAUUAGUCACAUACUUCCGUCUUCGCAGGAGAAUCACAAUAAUCAUCAUCAUCAUCAUCACAAUCAUAUGAAGCAUCAUACACCAACGAAACAAUCCACAAAUCACAAUAGUACCUCGCCGAUAAGUCGUGUCAUCAAUCUUGGCAAUACGAACGCUGCCCUAAUGCAACUUUAUGCAAAUGCAAACGUUGCCGUCUCAAAUACACAAUCAACGACCACGCAAUCGUCGAAUCACCGAUUCGUGGCACCUGUCAUUUCAAAUGGACGAAUACCACCGCCCAGGGUUACGCAAUCACGUUCAAUAUUCGCACACAACGAGAAAACGGUCUACGGUAAUCCAAAGGACAUUCUCACUACCCAAAAAUAUCUACCUCCAGUCGUUGCCGUUCAACCACCACAACCACCAAGAAACGAGUGCCUACCAACCGGUGUCCUCGAUCUCACUCAAAAACAAUCGACCUUCUUCAGGCCUAGCUUGGAAAUCGUUCGCGUACCCGUUGUACCAAGGCCAAAUAUCGAUCACGAUACAACAAGAAACGCGCACAAUAAAACAAAACACGAAUCACCAAGAAAGGAUCCAUUUCCAAAUUAUCCAAAUCUUCUCGAUAGUCGAACAAUGGCAUCCAACAAUCUUGAAAUAACACUCGUAAAUCCAAAAAAGCAUUCCAAUUCCCCUCAAAUGAGUCCACCGAUGAGAAAUUGUAUCAAUUCAAUGCCAAUUCAAAGGAGACAACAACAACAACAACAACAACAACAACUGAAUGGCAAAUAUCCAUUAAGAACAGAACCCGUCUCACCUUAUACACCAAGAAAACCAUCAUUACAUCCAGUAAUACCAAACGUUCCAAAUUUAAGUCAACUAAAUUCUUCCACCUCAAGGUCAUCGUCAUCAUCAUCAUCCUCCUCCAACAAUCAACAAAUUGACAAAAGAAAAACACCUGACUAUCAUCGUCGUAUAAGUGAAGGUGAUAGAACACUUAAUCAACAUAUUGAUCAAAAACAUCAUCAUCAUCAUCAUCAUAAUCAUCAUCAUAAUCAUAAUAAUAGUGAUCGAAGGCAUAGUGUACCGAAUAUACCAACGGGUUUUGUUCCUAAUUUAACGCAAAAUAAUGCUGCAUUUCUUGCACAAUUGCCAAAUAAUCCGGGUAAAUUUCUUCCUAUGAUUGAUCCAAUUUAUUAUCCGGCAUUAUAUAAUGGUUUCUUUCCACCGCCAAUGUCAACGACAACAACAACAACAACAACGGCCGCGGUAACAACGGCAAAUUCACCAUUUCUCUCGCCUGAAUUUAACGCUUAUUAUAAGGAACUACUUGCAUCCUCUUCACAAUCAAGACUGGGGAUCGCGGGACAGCCACCAACUGUUCCAACGUCCAAGUAGAUAAUGAUGGUGGAUCUCAAUAUUAGGAUUAUCAAUCGACAAAUUUAUUAAAAAAAAAAAAAAAAAGAAUAAGUAAA